UCCAACUCUGUUUCACUCAAUGACACCAUCAUGGGAUACUCAGGGCUGUUUAUUUUGUGUUUUGUCCUAAAAGUUGCUCACUGCUUGGAAGGUCUGAGUGGAGAGAGCAGCGUUGAGAUCACUCACAUCACAGCCGUCCUGGGAGAGGACGUCUACCUGAGCUGUAGUUAUCUAGGCGAUAGUGAGAUCCAGAGCGCCGAGUGGAAACGCCGGAUUAACUCAGAAAAUAAAUUCCAGCGACUGGCCGGAAUUGUUCAUGGCAAAUCGUUUAGCCGCAGUUACAUCUCAGAGCCAGACUCUCUCACCAACCUCACUGUUAACAUGAAGGUGACCAGUGUGGAAGCAGAGGGAGAAUACAUCUGUGAGUUUGAAUCACAGGAAGAGCAGUAUCCUCACAGUGUAUAUCUCACUGUAGUAGCUCGGCCUGAUGUACAGAUGCUGGUGAAUGCAGAGACCAUAAACGGCUCUCACUACCAGUCGGUGUCAUGCUCUGCGGUCGGUGGCAGGCCCGUGCCUCAGAUCAGCUGGUUGGUCGCCGGCCGUCCUCCUUCAAAUGACACUUUUGCUGUGGGCGUGAGUGAAACCGUCCACUCAAACGGCACCUCCACCCUGAGCAGCAUCCUCCGCUUCCCCACCCACCUGCAGGACGAGGACAGCGUGGCUUGUGUGGUCCAACACCCGACCCUCCCAGUCCCCACCCUGACCACGGUCAGGGUGGAGACCUACACGAGGCCAAAUGUAAGCAUUAAAGCAGAGAUGGUACAACAAGGAGGAAGUGAGUUCUGGGUGGUCUCGUGCAUUUCAUCUGGCGGGAGACCUGACGCUGACAUCGCCUUGGCUUUGAACGGCGACGAAGAGCUCCAGAGAGAGGACAAGACUGACUCAGACAUGCAGACAAGCUCAGUCGUCCUCCCUGCAACAGUGUACGAGGGCCGUAAUGUCACUUGUGUGUUCGACCACCCCAAAUUUACACACCAAGUGUCACGUGUCAUAACACUGCCGUCUUUUUAUUUGUCAGUUCAGUUGUUGAACUCGGAGCUGGGAAGCAACAGUGAUGACUUCCAAGGCACUGAACCUUUAGAGGUGCAGGAAGGACAGAGAGACACUGUCAUCAGCCUGCAGGUCACGGGGAAUGUGCCACAUUACAACCUUACCUGCAAAAAAGAUGACGGGCCUUUGCCUGACGGUGUGGAGCUUGUUGGCAGCAGCCUCACAGUUCAGGGUCCCGUGGAGCAUCGGCAUGCCGGCCUGUAUGGAUGCUUCUUCUCCUAUCACCAUGUGAAAGCAACGCUGAAGUUUAAUGUCACCAUUAAACCUCAAGUUAUACAGCCUGUUCCUCCAACGAUUCGAGUCGAUUUGCAGACUGAAGGUGGACACAGUGUGAUUGAGUGCUCGGCAGCUGAUGCUGUUCCUGCAGCCGACAUGUCCUGGCUUCUACCAGAGGGUGUGUCUGGAGUCUCUUGGUUCAAUUUCACUUCUCAUAAUGGAAGCCACUCUGUCAGGGGAGUUUUACUCCUCCCUGCCUGCUCUCCUUGGGAGCUCACUGCAGAGUGUGUGAUAAAUCACCCUGCGUUUGAGGAGCAGGAGAACAGAAGCAUUGCCCUCCCUCUUUGCGCUCGCCCUAAAAUCGCCAUCAACUCCAGCACUGAGUGGAAAGACGGUGACGAGUUUACAAAGGUGGACUGCUCUGUGGACAGCGUUGCCCCUGCAGCAACCAUAAGCUGGCAUGUUGGAAACGUUGACAACAGCACCAGUUAUCAGUUCCAGACUGAAGUCCGGGCUGAUGGUUCGGUAUCGGCCCGGAGCUCUGCGCAUGUCUUGUCAUCUUUGUAUUCUGGUCAGAAUUUGACCUGCACAGUGGAGCAUCCAAGCCUGGAGGCACCAGAAGAAAGAACAAUACACAUUCUUGUGCACAAAGCCCCUCUGCUGAGUGUGUCUCUGGAGAGACAGCAGAACUCUCCUCUCUGGCUGGCAGUGUGUUACUGCAGAGGGGAGGGUGUUGGGGCUGACCUCGUCUGGGUCCUUCCCGAAAAUGCCAAAGGCCAAACAUCCCAGCACUCAGAGUACGAGGGCCGCGUCAUUAAAGCCAGGCUGACUUAUCAGUUUCCUCUGGCCCAUCAUGAGGGGCAGGACUUGACCUGUGUGUAUCGUUUUGAACAUGGAGCCACAGAGAAAAAGACCAUUCACGUCCCCAGAUUCCAUAUUUCCUCUGUGAGAGUCUUAAACCACACGAGUCCUCUGCACAGCCGCUACGGCGGUGAAACCAUAACACACAGACUGGCUCUCCAGGAAAAUCUUCGCAAUCAGAGAGUGCUGCUCCGAGUCGAAGGCAACGUGCCAGAGUACAACCUCAUCUGUAAAAGGAGUGAUGGCUCGAUUGUCCAAAUGGACGGGGUUGCAAUGGUCUUCCGGUCAGAGCUCACAGAGCAGGAUGAAGGCCUGUACAGCUGCCGGGCGUCCUUCUAUCACCACAUGGCCACAGUCAACAUUCAAGUGGAGGUCACCAGCGAGGACAAGCAGCUCGCACUUGCUGCCAUUAUCUGCAUUUCUUCGGCUUUGGCCAUCCUCCUCAUCCUCGUCGUCACCCUCUGGGUGUGCUGCAAAGUAAAUAGCAGUUCACAAUAUAAGAAAAAUGAGUCUCUCUCAGCCUUGACAUCUCUGAUGCAACAGCCCGGCUCUCCUGAGGUGAAGAAGCCAGCAGUGACGGAUAAUAACAGUAAGGAAUACACUCAGCUGGUCAGUUACUCCAUAGUCCUGGACAUCAAGAGUACAGUGUGAAGACAAAAAGACUUUGGAGUGACACAUUCUGCUUUGCAUUGUGCACAAACUGGAUAUGAAGGCUUACUGGAACUGCAGCAUUUAUUAUUUCUGUGUAUUUUCAUAAUUAGAAGUGAAAUAAUCCUUUUAAUGAACUAAAAUGUGAAUUAUUCUCAUGUUUUUUUAAAUUUUGACUGAUUGGCAUUAAUGUCUUUAAAGCAUUACCUUUGCACUUCUUCAUCUUACUUGAAUUUUGUAUGUUUUUUUAUGUACAUUGUUGUCAAUAAAAUCUUCAGAAUAUUAUUUUUAAAAUAAUUUUCCGUUUUUAUUAAGUUGUUACCACAUGACCGAACCAAAACAAACAUCUCCAGAUAUAGUAGAGAUAACUGACUUCAGCCUCCCAUCAUCUGCUCUUGUGAUAUCUUUGGUGGACUAAAUCAGUGAGGACCGUCCGGUUGCUGUGACAACCAGAGUUAACUCUAUAAAUUUAUUCUGUUAGUUUGUGAACCAGAUGCAGACCCACUCACCUCAUCCGCCCACGUUGAGUGGCAGUGCUGUUACACCCUCUUGUGGCAAAUGAUCACACACACAACUGAGUGAAUCAGGUUUUAGUCACGACCACUAAGUCCACGGUCGCUAU